AUGGAUUCUCUCACUACGCAUCCUUCUACUGCUCAACAGGCUAAAGCAUUCACUUCGCCUGCGUCGCUGUCCUAUCCUGGUGGAGCUGGAGACAUGACGCCGCCUUCCUCUGAAAAAGAUGGACAACAAGUGAGCCAACAGCAAGGUAAUACCCAGCAAGCUGGUGACGGGGUGACUCCUGCAACUCCUGCUGCUACGCCUGGUGAUGCUAGUGAGACGGGUGUUUAUGGGAUUACUCCUACGUUGCAAAAUAUUGUCGCAACCGUAAAUCUCGAUUGCCGACUUGACUUGAAGACUAUCGCUUUGCACGCUCGCAACGCUGAGUACAAUCCAAAGCGAUUUGCUGCUGUCAUCAUGCGAAUUCGUGAGCCAAAGACCACCGCACUCAUCUUUGCUUCCGGCAAGAUGGUCGUGACUGGUGCCAAGUCCGAGGACGACUCGAAGCUCGCAAGCCGCAAAUAUGCUCGAAUCAUUCAGAAGCUGGGCUUUAAUGCCAAGUUCACUGACUUCAAGAUUCAGAAUAUUGUCGGCUCUUGCGAUAUCAAAUUCCCUAUUCGCCUUGAAGGUCUUGCCGCCAAGCAUCAUCCUUUCAGCUCUUAUGAGCCAGAGUUGUUCCCUGGUCUAAUCUACCGAAUGAUCAAGCCCAAGAUUGUUCUAUUGAUUUUCGUUAGUGGCAAGAUUGUCCUUACAGGUGCCAAGGUCCGUGAAGAGAUCUAUCAAGCUUUCAAGACGAUCUACCCAACAUUGCAAGACUUCAGAAAGGUUUAG